UUAAUCAACUUUUUUUCAUACGCGGGAUCCAGACCUAGAACCUAAUAUAGCACUGAAAGAAGAAGAUAUUACAACUGAUAUUCCUCUGUUAUUUCGCUAAUAACUUGUCAAAGUAGCGCCAGGAUUUGCAUUAUUAACUCAGGAUUCCUGUGCACAUUUCAUGGAGGAAGAGAAAUAUCAUACUAAACAUUUAGAUCUUUUUGACAUACACUGAAAACACUUAAAUCGUAAAUAAAAACUACUAACUACUAACUUUUUUUAUAAUUAAGAAAAUGCAAGAGUUUUACAUCAAAAUAUUUAUUUAAAAACAAAGUGCAUACCACAAAAUGUACUGAUACACCCGACAAUGUCCUUAAAAUAUGUUUGUAUCUUUGUGGUAUUACCAAAAAAACAUUUAGUACGAUAAAUUAUUUAGUAUAUAAAUAAUUUUAAAAAUGUAACAGACAGUUAAACAGGUCUGAACUUUUUGGCAACAUGUCGCACCGUGAUCCAUCUGCUAACCAACUUUUAGAGUAUGCUAGAAAGCAAGGGAGCAAAACCGAAAGGUUAACUACAUCCGGAGGUAAUCCAGUUGCGGAAAAAGACGCAAGUUUAACAGUUGGUUAUCAUGGACCUACCUUAUUACAAGACUGGGUUUUAAUUGACGAAUUAUCCCACUUCAGUAGGGAACGAAUACCUGAACGUGUAGUGCAUGCUAAGGGUGCUGGAGCAUUCGGAUAUUUUGAAGUUACUCAUGAUAUUACCAAAUAUACAGCUGCCAAAGUUUUCUCUGAAAUUGGGAAGAAAACCCCAAUAGCUGUCAGGUUUUCUCAAGUUGCUGGAGAAAUGGGAUACGCCGAUACUGUUAGAGAUUUCAGAGGAUUUGCAGUAAAAUUCUAUACUGAGGAUGGAAUUUGGGAUUUGGUUGGAAAUAAUUUUCCUGUAUUUUUCGUGAAGGAUGCUGCGUUGUUUCCAAGUUUUAUCCACGUACUAAAGAGGAAUCCAGUAACCCAUAUUAGACCAGACUACGACAUGUUUUGGGAUUUCAUCACGCUUCGUGAAGAGUCCAUGCACGCUGUUUUAAUGAUGUUUGCUGAUAGAGGAAUUCCCGACGGUUAUAGACACAUGCAUGGUUAUGGUGCAAAUACGUUUGCCUUUGUGAAUGCCCACGGAAAACUGGUUUAUUGUAAAUUUCAUUAUUUAAGCAAUCAAGGUAUCUCAAACUUGAUGUCAGACCAAGCAGAAAAACUUGCAGGUUCUGAUCCCGAAUAUCUCAUUAGAGACCUAUACAACGCUAUAGACAGUGGCCAGUAUCCAUCUUGGAAUAUGUAUGUGCAGAUUAUGACACCAGAGCAAGCAGCCAAAAGUUCUUAUGAUCCUUUUGAUGAUUCCAAAGUGUGGUUACAUGCUGAUUAUCCUUUAAUUCCCGUUGGAAGGUUUGUCCUGAAUAAAAACCCUACAAACUAUUUUUCAGAAAUAGAACAGAUUGCGUUUGAUGUUUCUCAUUUAAUACCAGGUAUUGAACCAUCCCCCGACAGAAUGCUGCAAGGUCGUCUCUUUAACUACGGUGACACUCACCGUUACCGUCUCGGAAUUAACAACACCCAGUUGCCCGUCAAUAGUGCUUUCCAGGUUAAUACUUACCAGCGAGACGGUCAAGAUUCUCUUCAAAGUCAAAAUGGAGCUCCAGUAUACCAUCCAAAUAGUUUCAAAGGACCUGAGGAAGACAAAAGGGCUAAAGCUCUAUCUCCUAUUUGGCCGUUGAGUGGAGAUGCUCAAAGGGUUGAUAAUGGAAAUGAAGAUAAUUAUACACAGCCUAGGUUACUAUAUCAACGAGUUUUAAAACCAAUCGAACGAGGAAGGCUGAUACAAAAUAUUGUUAGCUGGUUAAAGAGAACAAACAGUACAUUCCAAGAGAGAGCUGUUCUGAACUUUUCAAAAGUGGAUGAAGAUUUUGGAAAAAGGAUUAAAGAAGGAAUAGGCGCUGGUAUACAUACGCAAGUAAACUUGUAGAAGAGAAAAAUAAAUUAAUAAUAAUUACUGCAUUUUGCUUUUUAAAACUUUUUAAAACCAAUGGUAACAAAAAAUUUUCUAAUAAUGUAAUAAUUUAUCCAUGAUACUAAUAAAAU